AUGCCCGAUAACCACAGCCAUUCACUCAGGAGUUUCUACAGUGCCCCACCACUCUCUGCCGUCAUACAUAGCUCCAAUCCCCAAAGCAAUGAAGAUGGAUUUUGUUUACCCAGCGGUUUCCAUAGCAGAACCUGGCUCCUGGACAACUUUCAAGAAACAUCCAGUGAAACCACUGGUUGCCAACUGACCAACUGUGAGCAGGAUGUGCACACAAAGGACCUCUGUGCACAGUGUGCUUUCCUCCCCAGGGUUGUCCAAACAACUUCUAUUAAUUCCAGGUGCAAUGAAAGAACAACAUGCCCAUCAGGAGGUGCCUCAGCAGCACUGGAGUGUGUUUCCCAGGCUUGCCAGGCAAGAAGUAACCAGCAAAUAGGUUGUACAGUUCGGAGGUUCCAACCUGCAAGCUACAUGACAAGGGGUUUCCCACCCAAGACUUAUGUGUCAAAGAGUUGCCAAACUUUGGAAUGUGAAUAUCAUCAAUGCCAGGUUCAGAGCCAUGGAUCCAGUGGUUGCAGACCUUUGGUCUGUGUCUCACCUGGACCACAACUCCUGGAAUCUUCUUCUAGUACUUAUGAACCAACUUGCUGUGUUACUGGUGGUUUGCAGUUGUCUAGUAAGUGA